AUGCCCGUACAGGUGUUCACUUCGAGUCCCAUCACUGCCACCAAGGCAACAGAAAUCACUCCAAAGACACAACAACCAGAGGGAGAUGGACCUCAGGCAAGACCGCCUCCACCGACGACAACAUUAGGAACCCCAACCGCGUAUCCUCCUGCACAGCCAGGUGCUCGGCUUUCAAUACCUAUCCAGACCGGAGCGCCACAGCCUACCAGCGCUUAUAUGCCUUCAUCGACCCAAGAGGCCAGCUCAAACCCGCCUUCCCCACAGCCUGGCGCAGUGCCUUCACCUCCAGGAGGAAAAAGCCGCCUUCCGCCUCCUCCAAAGGCUGGCGAGACCUUACAACAGGCCCAAACAGUGCCCAUGCCGCCUCAAAUGUCGUACCAGCUGCCGACAUCAGCCGUUCCAACUCGGGGUGGCUCAUCGACCUCUACUUCCACAGCCUUCUCGCCAAGUGUGCCACAUCCAACACUUAUACAGACCUCCGAACCAGACUUCUCGCACCCCCCAGGCUACCAGCAGAACACCAAUGCCGCAGACUUUAGCCGCGACCAACGAGAGGCUUACAACGCUUCUCUAAACCAAGAGUCCUCUCUGGCCCACGAAGCAGAAAGUGUCUGGAACACGGCAAAGAAGUGGGCGGCUGCUGCAGGAGAUAGCAUCGCUGCGGCAGAGAAUGAAGUCUGGAAGAGAAUUAACAAGGAAUAG